AAAACAAGUCAAGUCACUUGACCGUCUUGACCUUCUUUGUCUCUGUGUUUGUCUGUGUCUGUGACCGUCUCGUUGUUGUCUCUGGUACAAGUACAACACAUUAAAUUUACCGUUGGGUAAUAUCAAAUUCUGUUGGGUGAAAAUAGUUCCUCUGGGUUUGCAAUGUUAGGUUGGGUGGUAUCUGUGGUGGUAGAUAACGCUGGCACUCUCACUGCUGGGGUCGUUGGUGCAGGCGUAGCGAUAGCCGCUGGACCAGCAAUCGUAUCGGCCGUGGGAUUUACAGCAGCUGGUAUAGCUGCAAAAUCCACAGCAGCAAUGAUGAUGAGUUGUUCCGGUGGAGCAACUGCAGCUGGGGGGGUUGUGGCCACCCUUCAAAGUGUCGGGGCCACCGGCUCAAUUUUGGGAUCGGGGGUUACGACUGCGAUUGGGGGGUCAAUUGGAGCAGCUACAGGCGCCUACAUUAACACUCUGUUCGAGAAGUAAAAUAUAUGGAUCGCUGGAUGGUGUGAUUCAAUAAAUUACAAAUAUUGUAUUACCCAAUACUAUUUCAAUUUGAUAAUGUUCAGUUAAAUGAUGUAUUCAUAAAUAAAGUUU